GGCGGGGUGGAGCGGCCGAGCGGCUCCGGUGUGACCGCAGGAAGCGAUACAGCCACAAAGAAAGAUGGCCGAAGUGAUCGAGCUGCAGAAACUGAAGCUUGCUGAACUGCGGCAGGAGUGCGAGGCCCGAGGUCUGGACACCAAGGGAAACAAAGGAGAGCUCAUUGCUCGACUGCAGACCUACCUGGAGGAGCACGAGGACGAUGUGGACGUAGACGACGUGCUGGCAGAGGAUACAGAGGACUUCACUAAAGUCGAGGCUGCCAACGAUGUAAAAGUCGACAAGGAUUCUGAGUCUGCUACCGAGGGCGAGACGCCAACUGAGAAGAAGGUGGUGAAAAUAACUCCUCCAGCAUCUGCCACUGAAAGACUACAGAAGAGAGCUGAACGUUUCAACAUGCCGGCAACAGCUGAAAGCAAAAAGGCCAUACGUGCAGCGAGGUUUGGGUCAGCGGCCGAAGCUACCACCCCCUCUCCAGGUGUCGUUGCAAACAGUAAAGCUCCUGUGAACGUCGAUCAGCUGAAGAAGAGAGCAGAAAGAUUUGGCAUGAACGUUUCAUCCGUUUCACAAAAGAUCGAAGAGGAUGAAAAGCUGAAAAAGAGGAAGGAGCGGUUCGGGGCCUUAACAAGUGCAGGUUCAGUGGGUUCAGUGGGUUCAGCCGAUGUCGAGGCGAAGAAACUGAAGCGAGCUGAACGAUUUGGAAAUGUGUGAAUGAUGUUUUAGACAGUUAUUAUUGUUCUUUUUUUUCUGUUUUUUUUUCUGUUUUUUUUUUUUGGUAAAACAUUUUCAUGGCUGCACACCAGAGACAACAAAUGUCGAUUAAUAGGAUUCCUGAAAAAUCAAAAGUAUCAUUAAAUACAAAGAUAAUUAGGCGAGUGAGAUCAUUUAUUUUAAUUCACGGAGCCUCGAGUAAAAAAACAACAACCAGUAACUAAAAACCAACCUAAAAUAAUCUAAAAAUGUCUCAUUAUCAUAAAUACAACAAAGAAAAUUGGAAAUAUAAAAUGUUUAACAAUGUUUAAUGUUUAAAAGUUUAACAACAGAAAUAUUUUGGUAUUAAAAAAAAAAAGGUUAUCUUAAUCAAACAUUUUGUAAUAAUCCAUUUAAAUGAUUAAACUUAACUAUUUGUAUUUACUGUGUGUGUAUUGUACUUUUGAUUUAUCAGAUCGGCCUGUUAUUUAGUUUUUUUUUGGGGGGGGGAUAUCAUUGGUACACUGAUUCAGUUAUCUGUCCAUUUUAUAACCUUUUUGUGAUUUAAAAUAAAUCGUUUUCAAUUUUUUGAUA